AAAACAUCAUGGGGGCAACGCUACUCUCCAACGACCCAGUUUUUAUUCAUUUGUUUUUCUAAUAUUUAUAUCUUCAUCAUUGACUUCAUGCCUCACCUUAUUUGUCAUCAAAUAAUCAUAAAAUUUGGAGGGAAUUGAAUUUUUCAAUAUCCCCUGAAUUUUUCUCUGUUUUACAACAAAGAAUCUAAAAAAUGUCAUCAGAUUUUAAACUCUAAUUAAGAAAAUUAUCGAGUAAUUUCUUCCUUUUCGUAUAAAAAAAAUUGUUUUUAUGUUUCUUUUUUUGAUAUUUUUCUUUGCUUAGAAAGGAAGAUGUCUCUGAAAUUUGCAUAAAUUCUUUUUAGAGAGAGAAAGUUAGAGAGAAGGGCAGAAAUGGGUGCUUGUGCAUCAAAGCCAGAAAGUUGUGUAGGAGGAAAGUUGAAGUUCUCAAAGAGAUAUAGAAAAACAAGGAGGUCAAGGCUUAAGAAAAGCUUGUCCUUUACUAGUAAUAAACUUGUUCCUAUUAAUGAGUCUUCCGGCUUCAAUGAUCUUCCUUCUUACACUAAUCCCGCUUUUCGAGUUAGCAUGGAUGAGUCGUGGUUCGAUUCCCAUCCUGUGUUUGAGGCUGAUUGGGACGAUGAUUUUUACAGUAUUCAGGAAGAUUCCUUUUCUACAAGAAGUUCUGAUCAAAGCACCUGCCCAUCAACCUUUUCAUCUCCAAAAUGCCAAAGUCCUGGUUAUGGUUGUUUUUCUGCUAUGUCCUCCUUUAAUCUCAGGCAGCGUAAAGAACAAGCUGAUGUUGAACCACCUAAUGAGGGAAAUUCUUUUAGUUUCUAUAAAGACCAUUUGAUACACAAAGAUGAAAAAGCUGAUCAUUCUCGAGUUUCUUUGGAUGAUCAGGAUCAGCAAGAUGACUCAACACCAACAGAGUUCUCCUUUGAUUGCAGCCCAGAUUAUUCUGAUCAAAGCAUUGACAGUAGCGAAAAAUCGCUAGAUUUGAAACAGAAGAACUUGGAUAACACUGAAUUGAAGCCACAGAAUAAGCUCUUUGAUGUAAAAACACCACUGCUAGUGGUGAAAGUAUGCAGACAUAGGGAUGAACAUGAAGAUGUAAGAGUAGAUGAUUUAACAGGAAUAGAAAACUACCCGGUGGUUACAAAUUCUUGCUUGCCGUGCCUAAAAAUGUCGAGUGUAUCAGCAGCUGAUAGGAGAAGAUCAGUCAGUCCUAGCCCUCCUGGUACAAGGAAGAAAGCAGGAUUGAAGACACUCUCCUUUCGGUGGAGGGAUGAAUAUACUAGCCCUACUUUAGUUUCGCCAAGGGCCCCGCUGCAAAGACCAAUAGCAGGAUCUCAGAUACCUUACUGCCCACCAGAAAAGAAGAUGUCAGAUUGCUGGUCACCUAUUGAUCCCAACACUUUUAAAGUACGGGGUCAUAAUUUUCUCAGGGAUAAAAGGAAGGAUUUAGCUCCAAACCAUGCUGCAUUUUAUCCUUUUGGUGUUGAUGUAUUUCGAUCUCAUCGGAAAAUUAAUCACAUUGCUCGUUUUGUGGAGCUUCCACCCGUACUUUCUUCCGGAAAAAUUCCUCCAAUCCUUGUUGUUAAUAUACAGAUGCCACUAUAUCCCGCCUCAGUUUUCAACCGAGAACAUGAUGGAGAAGGCGUCAACAUUGUUCUCUAUUUUAGGCUCUCUGAAGGCUUUUCCAAGGAUUUACCUCGUAAUGUUCAAGAAAAUGUCAGGAGAUUGAUAGAGGAUGAGACGGAGAAAGUCAAGAGUUAUUCUGCAGAGACAACAGCACCCUUUAGAGAAAGACUUAAAAUCUUGGGACGUCUAGCAAAUGUAGAAGAGCUCAGUCUGAAUGCAGCAGAAAAGAGGCUACUUAACGCAUACAAUGAGAAACCUGUACUUUCACGCCCUCAGCAUGAGUUUUACUCGGGAGAAAAUUACUUUGAGAUAGAUUUGGACGUCCACAGAUUUAACUAUAUUUGUAGGAAAGGUCUUGAUUCAAUUCAAAGCAGAUUAAAGCAUUCUGUCUUGGAUUUCGGACUCACCAUUCAGGGACAAAAACCUGAGGAUUUUCCCGAGCAUCUGUUAUGCUGUGUAAGGUUGAACGAAAUUGACUACACCAACUACCGUCACUUGGCAGUUUGAGUUGAGAACUUCUGAAGCCCAAAAGAGGUGAGAAGUUCAAAGUCGUGCUCUUUUCAUCACACAAGAUAAAGAAAAGGCCUAGAAGUUCUUGUUUCAGUGUUUCUCACUUUCUCCACUUGUUUCCUGAUUCCACCCCUCAGAGGAAGGAGGUGUGAAAUACCGAUGUUGUCUCUAAUUUUUGUUCGUCUUCUUUUAUAACUUUGUACACUCGGUGUAAUUAUCAAAAACUCGUAUGUAAACUCUGACGUAUAGUCCUAACACUGUCACAAAAGAUUGAAGAAAGCAUAAAUUUUCUCUGUAUCAAAUAU